AUGUAUACAACCUUUUCCAUGAAGGAGCUUGACUUUGUCAAUUAUUUCUUGAGUAUCUCUGUCACCAAAGCUACUUGUGGUUAUGCCCUUUCUCAGCAAAAAUAUGCCUCAGAUUCGUUGGCCAAAGCUGGAAUGAGUGACUGCAAAUCUUACUCUUCUUCCAUGGCUACUAAGUUCAUUUCCAGUUCUUUUACUACAGCAGAUGAUUGUCCCUUUUCUCAGCCAGCUUUGUACAGAAGUUUGGUAGGAGCACUUCAAUAUCUUACCCUUACUAGACCAGAUUUAGCCUUUGUGGUUAAUCAUCUUUGUCAAUUCAUGCACUCACCCUUGACUAGUCAUUUAACCUCAGUCAAAAGGUUACUAAGGUAUCUUAAAGGGACCUUAUCUUAUGGUCUUCAUUUCUCUCCUGGACCUCUUCUUCUCAAUGCAUACUCAGACUCAGAUUGGGCAGGUAAUGUCCUUGAUCGAAGGUCCACCACUGGUUACUGUGUCUAUCUUGGUCCUAACCUCAUCUCUUGGUCUGCCAAGAAACAACCAAAUGUGUCUAGAUCAUCUUCUGAGGCUGAAUAUCGAGCUUUAGCACAAACUUUAGCCGAGCUUAGUUGGAUUGGGAUGUUGCUUGCUGAACUUCAUAUCUCUAUUCCUGUGCCUACCCUAUGGUGUGACAACUUAUCUGCCAUAGCUAUGAGUAACAACCAUAUUUUUCAUGCCCGUACUAAACACAUUGAGGUGGAUUAUCACUUUGUUCGUGAAGAGUUGCCUCCAAGAAGCUUCAUAUCUGUCAUAUCCCCUCUUUUGAUCAGAUUGCUGAUGUUUACUAAACCCUUAUCUGUGGCUCGAUUUCAAUAUCUUCAGCACCAGCUCAAUGUCCUUCCCAGUCCACUGAGCUUGAGGGGGCAUGAUAAGCAACAUGAUAAGUCACAGCUAUCACAACUCACACAGUAG